UUGGAGAAAUCGAAACUACUGGGACAGGGAGGGCCCAGAGCACGGUCAGUGUGUCGGGCAUCCACGUCCACACCACAGGUGCUCCGUCUCCCAUCAUGAGCCGCAGCUCCCAGCCCUUCUUCCCUGGUGCCCACCCCGGCGUCCCCCCGACCUACGAGAUGCUCAAGGAGGAGCACGAGGUGGCUGUACUCGGGGCCCAGAGCUCGGCUCCUGGGACGACCACCGUGGUCACCAUCCGCAGUGAGACGGCCGUGCCCGACCACAUCGUCUGGUCCCUGUUCAACACCAUCUUCAUGAACUGGUGCUGCCUGGGCUUCGUGGCCUUCGCCUACUCCGUGAAGUCUAGGGACCGGAAGAUGGUGGGUGACAUGACUGGGGCCCGGACUUAUGCCUCCACCGCCAAGUGCCUGAACAUCUGGGCCCUGGUCCUGGGCCUCCUUCUGACCAUCACGUUCAUCAUUUUUUUUGUUGCUGGGUCACUGAUGAUUUCCCAAACAAUAUCAGAGAUCAUUAAACAGUAUGGAGGACACUAGUAGCUGCCCGUGGCCGGAGGCGGUUACCUCUGUCACAGUACUUUAUGGACGUGUCAAUCUACCAUUGAAGUCAAUAAAGCUCUUGUGUGUGAG